CCUGAACUGGGCCGUACUCAAGCUAUGCUCCUCCUCCUCCACCUACUCAAAUCAUUUUUUAGCGCAACUCGGCGUAAUUUGCUUGUGGCAUGCCAACAGCCCAGUCGUGGCCCUGACCUACACAAAAUGCAUUCGUAGCUCAGUCGGGGUUGAUCACCACUGCCUACGACAAUCUCGCAGAGCGGUCGCAGUCCACUCGCACAAGUACUUUUUAUACCACAUCGACCUAGUGCUAGAGUUUGCCGCGGUCGUGUUGUCGAGCUGCGCUUGCGCCUACAUCCGCACGCAGUUGGUUUCACCAACUAUGCGGUGCCCCAGGCCGAAUUCUGCUGCGAUUGGCGAAGGGUGUCUGCCUCGCAGCGCGCACCCAGGGGGCGCGCACCCAGGGGAUCCGACACCUCCAAACUAGAGGUUCCAUCUGAAAUGGCUCCAGGAGCAAUGCCUGCACCCAUAGAUUCGUACCUGCACGGCUUCUCCCUGGGCCGUAGGCGACCCGAGGAGGAGGAGGAGGAGGAGGAGGAGGAGGAGGAGGAGGAGGAGGAGGAGGAGGAGGAGGAGGAGGAGUGCACGUACUCAAAGAGAGACGAGACAAGAGCAGCGGGCAAGACGCGAGGAGAGGGCAAAGUUCGUCUCGCUCCCUGCCUGUUGCCGCUACGCCUACCUCAGGAUGCACUUUGUGCGCUCAACGCUCUGGCCGCCAGCAUGGGGCCAUACACGGUGAGCGGAGGGAUGUAAGUCAUGAGCUGCA